AUGGGAAGUACUCCAGCUGAAGUACCCUGCGACGUUGUUUCCGACAACAGAUCCGGCCUAGGAGGUGGGAUCGCCGACGUGUACGGUGAGGAUUUAGCCACCUUGGAUCAGCUCGUCACUCCUUGGGUUUCCUCCGUUGCCAGUGGAUACUCGUUGAUGCGUGACCCAAGAUACAACAAGGGACUUGCUUUCACUGAUAAAGAGAGAGAUGCUCAUUACUUAACUGGUCUUCUUCCUCCUGUUGUCUUAACCCAAGAAGUUCAGGAGAGGAAGCUGAUGCACAAUCUUCGCCAGUACACUGUUCCUCUACAGCGUUACAUGGCCCUCAUGGAUCUUCAGGAAAGGAACGAGAGGUUGUUCUAUAAGCUUUUGAUUGACAACGUGGAGGAGUUGCUUCCAGUUGUGUACACACCAACAGUUGGUGAGGCUUGCCAGAAGUACGGUAGCAUUUUCAGGAAGCCACAGGGUCUCUACAUCAGCUUAAACGAGAAAGGAAAGAUUCUUGAAGUGUUAAAGAACUGGCCUCAGAGAGGGAUUCAAUGUCUUCCAAUCACUAUUGAUGUGGGUACAAACAACGAGAAGUUGCUGAAUGAUGAGUUCUACAUUGGUCUUAAACAAAGAAGAGCAACUGGCCAGGAAUAUGCAGAGUUUCUACAUGAGUUCAUGUGUGCUGUGAAGCAGAACUAUGGAGAGAAAGUGUUGGUACAGUUUGAAGAUUUUGCAAAUCACAAUGCGUUUGACCUUCUGUCUAAGUACAGCACGAGUCAUCUUGUCUUCAACGACGAUAUCCAGGGUACUGCAUCAGUGGUGCUUGCUGGACUUAUUGCUGCUCAGAAGGUGCUUGGUAAAAGCCUUGCUGACCAUACCUUCUUGUUCUUGGGUGCUGGAGAGGCUGGAACUGGUAUAGCUGAGCUAAUUGCUCUUAAGAUCUCUAAAGAGACUGGAGCUCCCAUUGAUGAGACCCGUAAGAAGAUUUGGCUCGUGGACUCCAAGGGACUGAUCGUUAGUUCGCGCAAAGAAUCGAUUCAGCACUUCAAGCAGCCAUGGGCUCAUGAGCAUGAACCUGUCAAGGACCUCAUUGGUGCAGUGAAUGCAAUUAAACCAACUGUUCUCAUUGGAACCUCUGGUGUGGGUCAAACUUUCACACAGGAAGUUGUUGAAGCCAUGGCUACCAACAACGAGAUACCGUUGAUUCUUGCACUCUCAAACCCUACUUCUCAAGCUGAGUGUACCGCUGAACAGGCUUACACAUGGACCAAGGGUCGUGCAAUCUUUGGUAGUGGAAGCCCUUUUGAUCCUGUUGUGUACGAUGGCAAAACUUACUACCCUGGACAGGCAAACAACUGUUACAUUUUCCCGGGUCUAGGUCUUGGUUUGAUCAUGUCCGGUGCUAUUCGUGUCCGUGAUGACAUGCUCCUUGCAGCAUCUGAAGCAUUGGCCGCCCAAGUCACAGAAGAGAAUUUCGCCAACGGUUUGAUCUACCCUCCAUUCUCAAACAUCAGAGAGAUCUCUGCUAACAUUGCAGCCAGUGUCGCUGCCAAAACCUAUGAGCUUGGAUUGGCAUCGAACCUGCCACGUCCAACAGAUCUGGUGAAGUUUGCUGAGAGCUGCAUGUACAGUCCUGUCUACAGAAACUACCGUUAAAAGAAGUUUUGCUAAAGAAACCUGCAGAUUCUUAUCGUAUUCACAACAUUUAUAGUUCUUGAGAGGCUUUGUAUAAGUGUUAUUGUUGUUUGUUUGUUUGUUUUCUACAUUAUGAUAUGUUUGAGUACUCAACUAUAUUGUCUUUGUUUCUUGUUUGAUCAAUAAUAAUUUAAAAUUUCCAA